ACAGUGUCAAAAGUUUGAUGUCAUUGCUGUCAUACAUAUUCCGUAUACGUAUAAAAAUGUAAACAGUCACAACAUCACGAAAGUACUAACUAGUCCAUAAUCAAUGUUUGAUUGAUGAUAUAUUGAACAGCCGUAACAAAAAAGUUUGUAAACUCGUUAACUUAAAUAUCAGAUGUUAAAUAAAAUUUCUGGAUUUUAAAUACUUAUAUCAGCACAUUUUUUUGAUGUUGCUUGUUUGUGAGUUGCAGCUUGUAAGGAAUAUCAUAAAUGGCGAAUUUUCCUACUUUAGGUGCUCAGCAAGAAACUAAUCGUAAAAUUCUGGAGGAUCUACAGUUAAAAAAACAACUAUUACAGAAAGGUAACAUUCCAGGAUUAGGUACUGGAAUAUCCACUAAUACGCUUUACCAGAUUCCUGCGAGCCAAUUAUUACCAUCGUCGGAUUUUUCUCAAAGUAGCGGACUGGCAAACGCGCCUCGUUCGGUGUUUAAUGCAACUACAUCAACAACGUUAGGGUAUUUCGUCUCCCAAGACUCUUACUACGGAAAUACCUUCAUACCUGUGCUACCACGACUCGAUCCAGUGCCUUUGAACUAAAAUAAUGGCUUGUAUAAAGCUAA